AAAUUUGAACAAGAGAAAUACUCUCUUCAGAGAGAAAUUGAACUCAAGAAUCGAAUGUUGGAAAGCUUGAGUUUUGAAUGUGAUUCUCUUAAGCAACAGCAAAACAUGCAACUAGAUAAACAGAAAGAACAGCUUGCCAGAAUCUAUGGACAAGAAAUCGGUGACCUUAAAAACAAGGUGGAGAACCUGAAAGCAGAACUAGAUGAAACCCGACUCUCAGAGAAACAAUUAAGACACAAAGUGGAUCAUCAGAAGGAAAUAAUUGCUGCCAAAUCAGAAGAACUACAUAUGAUGUCUGAACGUGUACAUGAAACCAUGUCUUCAGAAAUGCUCAAUCUUCAGAUAGAACUCACUGAACUAGAAAGUGUGAAG